UGUAAGAACCAGACAUAGACAGAGAGAGACAGGCAAAGGAACAACCAAGAUCCAGUCUGUGGAUGGUCCCACCUGGGACGACAGGAACCCAAAGGAAGGGAGAAGUGUCGCCGUACCUCUGCUCCGUGCCAGAAGGAGGAGACAGAGAAGACUCCUAUUGCUCUUCCACCUUGUGCAGACAUCUAAGCAAUGUGUCUUCCAUGGAAGAAAAUGUCAAAGUCACUGAAGAAGAUAGUGGAGGAGAGCCGGGAGAAGAACCUACCGGAGGUGGACAUGUGUGACAGAGGAAUAUCAAACCUACUGGAUAUUCCUGGACUAUUUACCUUGUCCAACAUAACCCAAUUGGUGCUGAGCCACAACAAGCUGAGUGCUGUGCCUCCAAAUGUUGCAGAACUGAAGAACUUGGAAGUUUUGAACAUGUUCAAUAACCAGAUUGAGGAGCUUCCGACCCAAAUCAGUAGCCUGCAAAAACUUAAACAUCUGAACCUUGGGAUGAACAGGUUGAGCACUCUUCCGCGAGGGUUCGGAUCUCUUCCGGCGCUGGAGGUUCUGGAUCUGACGUACAACAACCUGAACGAGUCCUCACUGCCUGGGAAUUUCUUUUACCUCACCACCCUCCGCGCGCUCUAUCUCAGUGACAACGAUUUUGAGAUUUUGCCCCCAGACAUCGGCAAGCUGGCCAAGCUACAGAUAUUGAGUUUGAGGGACAAUGAUCUCAUCUCUCUACCUAAAGAGAUCGGAGAUCUGGCUCAGCUGAAGGAACUUCACAUUCAAGGGAACAGACUCACUGUACUGCCUCCUGAACUUGGUAACCUGGACCUGACAGGCCCAAAGCAGGUGUUUAAGGCUGAGAAUAACUCCUGGGUGACUCCCAUCGCAGACCAGUUCCAGUUGGGCGUCUCUCAUGUCUUUGAAUACAUCCGCUCGGAGACCUAUAAGUAUCUUUACGGGCGACACAUGCAGGCCAAUCCAGAAGCGCCCAAAAAGAACGCCGACAAAUCCAAGAAGAUCAGCCGCAAGCCGCUGGCGGCCAAGAACAAGUAGAGAAGAGAGCGACGGCGAGCUGAUCCGACCAUCCGAGAUGAUGAACCUCACUGCAUGUGCCUUUCCAUUUGAUAUUUAUUCAGAAAUUAUGUUUUUUAUUGCUUCAGUAUUACGUUAAUCAUGUAACCUCCAAAUGACUCCACUCAGCCAUUUUUUUCCAAGUGUCCUUCUUGUCCAAAGCCACUUUUUGCCUUCAAAGUGCCGCUUCUGUCAAGUCAGACCUGCGUUGGGUGCUAAUCAGCUUUCUGAACGUGUUUGUUGUGUCUCUCGAGAGGCGGCGGGAGUUUUGUCCUAUUCGAGCAUCCAGACGAGGAGAGCAGUGAAUUUUGGGAGGUGGUGACGAGCAUUUGUAACCGUACGGGGAUUUAGCAGGAGUUUCGGGGUCUUAGUGCAGUCUGAGCAGGAUUGUGUCAGGUCUCCAAGGGGAAACCGCUGACUGCUUCUUCUGCCUCUUAAUGACAGAUAUGAAUGGCUGCAAACGGGAGUUUCAGAUGGUACACAGCAGAUACCAGACAGAAACACCCCGGUGGCCAUUUGAGAGGGUCAACAAGAUAUCGCAGAUGGUGUUCUUUGAAGCGGUUGGCCAUUGUUUCUUACUGUGUAUACUAGUUAACAUGACGGUGCAACUUUUUACAGAACAAUAUACAGUGUUUGUAAAGAACCAGUUUCUUGAACCGGUUAAUCAUUCAAAAAUAUUGUCUUUUCUGCCGUCACUACAGCUUUAGGUUGCGUACACUAACAUCUUCUAAUUCUGCAAAGCUUAGCUGAAUUUGAAGUUUUACUUUUUUUAUGGAUGCAUCAUUGUUUUUUUUUUAAAUGUCACAAGCUAUUUCAUUGCAAUCACAUUUAUAUUUGUAAUGUUUUAAUGUUUUAUCAUGUGCACACAAUGCAGUGUGCUAUGUACUAAAUUUUUGACAUUGAAAUAAAGUCACCAUUUUGUUGGA